AUGAGUCUCUCAUAUGCUUGCAUUCUCUGCAGCCUGCAUCUUGUGAGGUGUGAUCACUCGGUGAUACGCAACGUCUCCAUAUACGGGGAUUUCGACACCCCUAACAACGACGGGAUCGACAUAGAGGGCUCAAACAACACGAUCAUCACCGGCUGCAGCAUAGACACCGGAGACGACGCGAUCUGCCCCAAGUCUCUCACGGGCCCUGUUCACAACUUGACUGUGACAAACUGCCGGAUCCGCACCAAAUCUAGUGCUAUCAAAUUUGGAAGUGCGAGCUCCUUCAACUUCGAGAGGCUGCUCUUUGACAACAUAACCAUAGUCGAUUCGCAUCGAGGACUUGGAAUGCAGAUCCGUGAUGGAGGGAACGUCAGUAAUGUGGUGUUUUCAAACAUCAAAAUGCGCACCAGGUACUACCAUCCUUCAUGGUGGGGGAGAGCUGAACCGAUCUACAUCACCACCUGUCCAAGGUACCCUGGUUCCAAAGAAGGCACCAUUUCAGAUGUUUUCUUCAUCAACAUCUCAUCGGUAUCGGAAAAUGGUGUUUUCCUGGCCGGGUCGAGGCACAGCCUGCUUCGCAACUUGAAGUUCAAGAACGUUGAUUUGACCUACAGGAGAUGGACAAACUACACCGGGGGCCUGUAUGACUACAGGCCCGGAUGCCAGGAGCUGGUAAAGCACAAGACUGGUGGUAUGAUGCUGGAGCAAAUCUCCGGCUUGGAGAUCGAUAAUGUCAGGAUGAGAUGGUCGAGAGGAGAGCUCAAAGGGUGGGAUGUUAAUCCACUCCUCUUCCGGCCAUCAACUAUUGACAGGCUGUCAUUCCAUGAUUGGCAGUCGCUGAAUGUUCAAUAG